UGACAUGGCUCCUAAAUGGCGGGGCAGGGAGGUGCUCAGACAACUGGCUCUUGCCCCAUCCCUACGCGUGUGAUCAUAGGACCCUCUAGACCCGGGGAUCAAGGCCCGGCAUCUGUGGUCGUAGCCGGGAAGUCUAAAGCAAAGCCCAAUGGAAAGAAACCUGCCACGGAGGAGAAGAAGAUGUACCUGGAGCCGGAGUACGCCAAGUCCAGAAUCACUGACGUUGGGUUCAAGGAGCUGGUGGUGCUGCCCCGGGAGAUCGACCUCAACGAGUGGCUGGCCAGCAACACCACCACGUUUUUCCACCACGUCAACCUGCAGUACAGCACCAUCUCUGAGUUUUGCACAGGAGAGGCAUGCCAGACGAUGGCCGUGUGCAACACACAGUACUACUGGUACGAUGAGCGGGGGAAGAAGGUCAAGUGCACCGCUCCCCAGUACGUCGACUUUGUCAUGAGCUCUGUGCAGAAGCUGGUGACUGAUGAGGACGUGUUCCCCACGAAAUACGGCAGGGAAUUCCCCAGCUCCUUCGAGUCUCUGGUGAAGAAGAUCUGCAAGUACCUGUUCCACGUGCUGGCGCACAUCUACUGGUCCCACUUCAAGGAGACCCUGGCCCUCGAGCUGCACGGACACUUGAACACACUCUACGUCCACUUCAUCCUCUUUGCCAGGGAGUUCAACCUGCUCGACCCCAAAGACACCGCCGUCAUGGACGACCUCACGGAGGUGCUGUGCAGCGGCGGCGGCGGCGGCGGGGGCCGCGGCGGGGGCGGGGCCGGCGGCGGGGGCGGGGCCGCGGUGGGGGGCGCGGGGGCACAGAACCACGUGAAGGAGAGGUGAGCCCCCGGCCGGACAGGCGUGCACGUGUGCAGAGAGACGGUGGUCCGUGUGCCUGCGUGUGCGCGCACACGUCCCGGGCGCGCUCGGCGGGAGGUCUGAGAGGCUGACGCCGCCCCCCUGCCCGGCCCCGGGCGCGCCGAGCGCGCGGGCUCCCCGGACGCCGGCAGGCCGCGCGUCGGACUGGCCCCUGCCGGGGCUGUCCUGUUGGAUGGAUGAGUGCCGCUUGUCAAGAAGGACCCUCGGAUUUCAUUCGUUCGCUCGACAGCGUUUAUGGGACUGCCGGUCUGAGUUUCCUUCUCCUGUGGGGCUUUCCUUUCCUUGGUCUUCCGUGUGGCACCUGCCCCCGCCUCCCCUGAGGGCUCUGCUCUUUUGAGAGAAACACACCAGUGAGAGCUGGGGCUCCUUCCCAGGAGGGACUCUGGCUCGCUUUGGUUUGUCAUCAGGGUGGGGUUAUUCUAGAGAUUCCGCCCCAUCCCCCCCUCAGACCUCCCUCUCCUGGCCUUGCUUGGAUCUUGGCUGUUGGCGGCUCAGAGCAGGUGGAGUAGGGUGGGCGUGGCUGGGGGUGCCCCACAGGGGCCCUGACCCUGUGGUCAUGUCCCCCUCUCCUGCCCCUGCUGCCCACGAGGGCCCCUGGACUAGCUGGGCCUAGGACCGAGGUGCCUGGGCGGACGGACGGCCUGUGUGGAGAAGCGGCUGUUGGCGGAAGGCUGGGUGUCCCUGCUCCGCUCACCUGUUCGGUCGGUCGUAAUAAAAAGAAUUCUCUCAGGUCA